AUGAAGUACCUAGUCAUACCUUUGUGCAAGAAGAGUGAUGGAAACCAAGUGUCUUCAAACCAAGAACCAACAACAGCAGCUGAUUUUAAUGAAGGCAAACAAAUUGAUUUAGAUGACCUUGAUACUCCCCUUGGAAGUGAAGAUGAAGGUGAUGAGCAUAGGUAUCCCAAAAUUAAAAUGUUUGAUUCCGGGGAAGAAAUGAGAUUUGAGCUAAGAAUGACUUUUGCAACAAAGAAUCUUGUUAAGGAUGCAGUUUUGUCGUAUGCAAUGGAAAGCAAGAAAAACUGGCACUUCGAUAAAAAGGAUAGCAAAAGAAUAGUUGCUAAGUGUGAAAAGGAGUGUCCAUUUUAUAUGAGAUUUAGUAAAAGAGUAGGAAACCAAUUCUGGCAGUUAAUAAGUCUUAAGGAAGAUCACACUUGUCAUAGGACAGCGAAGAAUAGGCAAGUUAAAACCGAGUUGCUAGCUAAGAAAUUCAUGCAUAUCUUGAGACAUACACCAGAAAUGAUUCCAAAGGGAUUGAUAGCACAAGCAUUUGAGAAAUGGGGAGUGAAACUGUCAUUUGCACAAGCAUACAUGGCCAAAACACGAUCAUUGGAACUAACUCAAGGAGCUUUGACUGAGCAAUAUUCUCAUUUGAGGAAUUAUGCUGAGGAGAUAAGGCAAUCUAAUCCUAGUAGUACAUUUAUAAUUAAGUGUGGCAUGUCUAACAUUGGACCUGUUUUUGAGAGAAUAUAUGUAUGUGUAAGGGCGUGUAAAGCUGCAUUUGCAAAUACACGUAGGCCUUUAAUUAGACUUGAUGCAUGUUUCUUGAAAGGUGAGUAUGGUGGAUAA